AUGGAAGGUAUAUUCUUCAACAUUGACUAUGGUUAUGUUGAAGCCGUUGUUAGAGGUUACAGAAGUGGUCUUCUUACUGCCAACCAAUAUGUCAAUUUAACUCAAUGUGACAAUUUGGAAGAUCUCAAACUACAACUUUCAUCAACCGAUUAUGGGAACUUCUUAGCCAACUACUCUGGCCCUUUGACUACAUCAGUGAUUCAAGAAAACUUGAACAAGAAAAUUUAUCAACAAUAUCAAUAUAUCAAAAGUCAAUCAAGUGGGAAGUUGACUAGAUUUAUGGAAUAUAUUCAAUAUGCAUACAUGAUUGAUAAUGUUAUAUUAAUGGUUACUGGUACUUUACAUGAAAGAGACAAGUCAGACAUUUUGAAAAAAUGUAACCCCUUAGGUUGGUUUGACACUUUACCAACGUUGAGUAUUGCUACUGAUAUUGAAAGUUUAUAUUCAACUGUAUUGAUAGAUACUCCCUUGGCUCCAUUUUUCAAAAAUUGUGUUUCUGCUGAUGAUUUGGAUGAUUUAAAUAUUGAAAUUAUAAGAAACAAAUUAUACAAGAAUUAUUUGGAAGCAUUUAUGGCAUUUGUUAAACGUGAAUUUGAUGGUCCUGAUAAGGAAAUCAUGACAAGAUUGUUGACAUUAGAAGCUGAUAAAAGAGUGAUAAAUAUUGCGUUGAAUUCAAUCAAUAAUUCACAACUUUCAAUUGAAGAUAAAUUGAGUUUGUUCCCCAACUUGGGUCAAUUAUACCCAACUUAUCAUUUGGAAUUGGCUCAAACUGAUGAUUAUGAACAAUUGAAGUUGAUUGUGGAAAAUAUUGGUGAUUUUAAAGAACUUUUCAGUGAAAGCGCUGAUGGUAAUAGAAGUAUUGGCGAUGCUUUCUAUUUGUUGGAAUUGCAAUAUUGUAGGAACGCGUUUACUCAACAAUUCACCUUGAGUGCUGUUUACGCUUGGUUGAAAUCAAAGGAACAAGAGGUGAGAAAUAUCACUUGGAUUGCUGAAUGUAUUGCUCAGAAUCAAAAGAGUAGAAUUGAAAACUAUAUUGCUGUUUAUUGA